AUGUAUCGACAAGAAAUGACUCGUGAUAAUGUGGCUGUUGAUCCGGUCACAAUUGUCAUCAAGGAAUGUAUUUCUUUGUCGACUUCUAUGAGGAAGUACGCGAAAUAUUCGGUGCAAUCUGGUGUUGCAGCCUUGUUAGGGGGGGGAAGUGAUAUAUUCAUAAAUCAGGACGCUUCAUUGGCAGGUACUUUCAAUAAUUUAGCAGCUAGUAAGACUAAGGAUCCACUACUGUCGGGGUUAAUUCAGUUGAGAUUGAUGUUAAAUCAUAAAGAUAAUUUAGAAGAUGUUGAUGCGCUAACUGUCUUGCAACCUUUCUUAUUGGUGAUAAGCACAGCUUCAACGUCAGGAUAUAUUACAUCAUUGGCCUUAGACUCAUUACAAAAGUUUUUCGCCUUUGGUAUUAUUAACGAAUCUUCGAAAAACCAUGUCGCAGCUUAUAGACAAACGAUCAACUCUUUAACCCACUGUAAAUUUGAAGGUACUGAACAUUUAUCCGAUGAUUCUGUCCUUUUAAAGGUAUUGGUUCUUAUUGAAUCAAUUAUUGCUUCUCCUUCAGGUGAGAUUCUUUCCGACUCAUGUGUGUACGAUGUGUUACAAACUGUCAUGUCCUUGGCUUGUAACAAAAGAAGAACUGAUGUGUUGAGAAAGGCAGCAGAAAUGAGCAUGCUAUCGAUUACCGUCAAGAUAUUUGACAAGUUGAAAAAGUUAGACUCAAGCAAACAACACAUCUUCAUUAACGAUCAGGACUUCUCGAAGAACGUUUUGAAAGAUGACAACAUAGGUGCCGAAGGAAGCAGUGACAUUGAUUCCGUUGAAAAUGGCAAUUUUACAGCAUCAAGUGAAAGUCAAAAUUUAGAAUCGGACUACGGACUUGCAGUUAUAAAAGAUUAUAUGGACAUUUUAGUGUCUCUUUUGUUGCCUGAGAACCAACACAAACAAAACAAUUCCACUAAGGUGUUUGGUCUGCAUUUACUAAAUACAGCCAUUGAAUUAGCUGGCGACAAAUUCCCACAACAUCCGCAGUUGUUUUCCUUGGUUGCCGAUCCUAUCUGCAAAAACAUUCUGUAUAUCAUCCAAAAUUCGGAUAAACUCUCGUUGCUACAGGCUGCCCUGCAGCUGUUCACAAAUUUGACCAUUAUACUUGGUGACCAUUUAUCAUUACAAAUUGAAUUUACCAUCAACACUAUUUUUUCAAUUUUAUUAGAUUCAAACGUUUCAGAUGAGACUAAGCCAAGACCAGCUGUUGUUAAAGAAUUAUUGAUUGAACAAAUCUCAAUUUUAUGGACAAGAUCUCCUUCAUUUUUCACCGCUGUUUUCAUCAACUUUGAUUGCAGCUUGGAAAGGUCGGAUUUGGCUAUUGAGUUUUUGAUGGCAUUAACAAAAUUAUCUCUACCGGAAUCUGCGCUAACGACAUCAGAUAGUGUUCCUCCAAUCUGCUUGGAAGGAUUGAUAUCUGUUGUAGAUGAUAUGCAUGAUCACUUUUUGAAAGCAGGAGUGCAGGAAUUCGUUCCGGAAGAACUGGGCACUCUCAAUAAGAGAAAUUUGAAGACCGAAUUCAUUAAAUGUGCAGAGGAGUUUAAUAAAAAGCCAAAGAAAGGCAUUCCAUUGUUGAUUGAGAAAGGUUUCAUUUCGUCAAAUUCUGAAGAUGAAAUAGCUAAAUUCCUUUUUGAUAAUAAUGCUCGGUUGAACAAAAAAACUAUUGGUGAGUUUAUUGCGGCGCCUGAAAAAGUCGGCCUUCUUGCAAAAUUUAUUGGAAUGUUUGACUUUACAGGUUUAAGAAUUGAUGAGGCAAUCAGAGCGCUUCUUACCAAAUUCAGAUUACCUGGUGAAUCUCAACAGAUCGAGAGAGUUGUGGAACAGUUCUCCGCUAAGUACGUCGAAGACCAACACUAUAAUCCUGAAAGAGAUGGGCUGGAAAUUGAGGGAGAUUAUUCUACAAUUCAGCCAGAUGCAGAUUCAGUUUUCGUUUUAUCUUACUCGGUAAUCAUACUGAAUACAGAUUUCUACAAUCCUCAAGUGAAAAAACAUAUGACAUUUGAAGAUUAUACCCUCAACUUGAAGGGUUGUAACAAUCAGAAGGACUUCCCAUUAUGGUAUUUGGACAAGGUUUACUGUUCUAUCAGGGAUAAAGAAAUCGUUAUGCCCGAAGAACAUCAUGGAAGCGAGAGAUGGUUCGACGACAGCUGGAAUAACUUAAUUGCAGCUACCACAGUUGUAACAGAAGCUCACGAAGUCAGCAAAUGUGAAAGCUAUGUCCAAUCGUUAGGCCCUAAUCAAUUGAUACAAUUUGAUAAGGCUAUUUUUGAAAGCGUGGGUUCUUCCAUUAUAGAAACUUUGUUUAAAAUUUUCGAAGUUGCUUCAGACGAUCAUAUCGCAACUAGAAUGCUCACAACGUUAGAUAAAUGUUCAAAUCUUGCCAGCUUGUUUGAACUUGGUGAUAUCUAUAACGAUGUGAUUACAACCAUGGCCAAAUUUACUACUUUGACAGGAGAAAGAAAACCUGUUGACGACGUUUAUGUUGACGAAAUACCCGUCGUUCAGAUCGAUGUGGAAGAUUCUAAAGAAAGCAUUGCGGUAAGUAAUGUAGCCAUUCUUCUAGGCAACGAUUUCAAAGCGCAGCUGUCAACCGUUGUUCUAUUCAGAAUUUUAAGACAAAAUACAAACGUGGCUCUUAUUACUGAAGUGACGUGGAAUAAAAUUAUCGAUAUGCUUUUGAGUUUGUAUGAAAAUAUGUUGAUAACACCAGAUAUUUUCCCAGAUUUACAAGUGAGAUUGAAACUACCAAACCUACCUAAAUGCAAACCCGAAGUUCUCAUCAAUAGAUCGAACUCUAGUAGGGGUUUGCUUUCCACAUUUGCUUCGUAUUUGAAGGGUGAUGAAGAACCGACGGAUGAGGAAAUUCAAGCCUCAACCAAGGCAAUGGAGUGUAUCAAAACGGCAAAUAUUUCUGCUUCUCUUUUCGGGAAUGACAAGAAUGUUAAUGACACCUUAAUUAAACUAUUGCUUGAACACAUUAAAACUGAGGUUAACGAUGAUAACAAAAGAUUUUUCGAGCCAGAAUUGCUAUUCCUCAUGGAGUUAAGUGUCUCCCUGUUCUUAUUUUGUAAGAAUGAUGCUGUUUUAGGGAAAUUCCUGCUAGACAAAUUAUCGUCAAUAUGCCAAAAUGUUUCUUUAUCCAAAAAUGUCAUUGUGAGAAUAAUAUCAUACAAAAUUUUGAUUAUCUCCAUUUUAGAAAACCCUGAGUAUGUGGUUAAAUUAAUAAACGAGCAGUUACUCACAAAGAAUGAAGUCUUUGAUAACUCGUUCUUCAAAAGCCAAGCAGGUGCAAACGUUCUUCAGCGCUUGUUAGACUUAGCUGAAAUACUGAACUAUCAGGGUGCGCUUCUUCAUGAUCAAGGAUUCUGGAAGCUAUUGAGAAAGUACGCGGCGUUAGGCACUCCUUCAAACCAAGUUUAUGUCUUUUUGGACACAUCUGUGAUGAAAAAGAAAAACAUGAUCGAUGAUGUGAACUUCAUGUGGGUUCUCGGGCUGUUCGAUGAAAUGUCUUCUGUUGGAGCUGUUGGAAGUCAGUGGGAAGAACAAUACAAUAAUCUUGUGAAGACUGGUCAUAAAGUCGAUAAAGAGAAUCCCUAUCAAGAAAUAGUUGAACUAUCUCUCAAAUCUAUCAAUUUAACUACACAUCUUCUUAAUACAAAACCCACCGUCUCGAAAAGUGAAAUUAUCGCGAUUAUUCAAGCAUUAUCACAUCAGUGCUUGAAUCCUUGUUUUCAAUUACGUUCUUAUGCUCUAAGCUCCCUCGAAAAUCUACUUCUAAAACUGUUGGAGCCAUUUGUUGAUAAUGUGAUUUCAGUUAUAGCCCUUAUUGAAAUGGGUUUAUAUCCGCUAACAAAUGAAGUUGACGCUGAUUCCAGAAAAGCGGUACCUUUGCAGAACUUCUUGUCGUUGUUAUCAAAACUAUAUCUACAUUACUUGUCUUUAGAGAAGACUGACAAUGAAACUUAUUUGAAAGUGUUGAGUAUUUUUAAUAAGCAUGUCGAUGACGGAAAGGUAGAAGAACAAUUACAAGACAUGAUCACUAAGAAACGUGAAAUUGAGAAGAAGCAAGGUACACCAAGCACAGAUGCUGAGUCGGUGCCCGCUGAACCUACCCCAGUUUCAAAAUAA